CCCGUUUUUUGCUCGGAAAGAAUUCUGUCGCCGAUUCUUUUUCCUUCUUCGUUUUCCAUCUCAGCUAAGCUUCCGCCAUCUCCAAAAGCAGGAGAGAUGAAACUUGUUCAAGGUGUUUUACGGUCUCUUGCAGUUGGCAUUUCACCUAGUUGCCAGGGGUUUUCAAUCACCAGAACCUUGGCUACAAGUAGUGCUUCAGUUAUUGAAACCGAUGCAAAUACAAACUCAUCAGAGACCUUGGAGGAGUUUGAUAGAAGCAUUUUUGGUGAUAUUCGAGACAGCAGCCUGACUUCAAGGUCCUUCUUUCAGAAGUUGGAUCAGCAGAAGAAGGCUCUUGACAGAUCUGCAAUUAAUUCUAGGUUGUUUGGUUCUUGGAGACCAGGAUCUGUGGAUGGUCUAGAUGAGAGUUUCACAACUUUGAGUGAUGGCAUGGAUGGGAAAUUAAAGGAUGCUGCUAGUUACUUUGAGUAUGAUGUGGAUGAAGUAAACAAAGAUGAUUAUAAGUUCAGAUCAGAUGUAACAUUUUGGUCUGGUAAUACUUAUGAUGCUAAGGAUCUUGAUCUUACAAAACCAGGCGUUCGUAAACCAUCUAGAAGACCAGAGUUUGAAGUAACAACAGAGGAAGUUCUUCAAAAAGCUGAUUUUAGGAAUGUGAGGUUUCUUGCUAACUUCAUAACCGAGGCUGGAGUAAUCAUCAAGAGGAGCAAGACCAAAAUCAGUGCCAAAGCCCAGAGGAAGGUUGCUAGAGAGAUAAAGACAGCUCGGGCCUUUGGGCUAAUGCCUUUCACAACUAUGGGAACAAAGCACUUCGUUUAUGGCAGGACAAUGCAGGAUCUUGAUAAGGAUUAUGAAUAUGAAACUUAUGGUCACAAUUUUGUUGAUACUGAUGCUUCUUGAACAUGAUCAUUGCAGCAUCACUCCACCUCCUAAAUGAAAUAAACCUAGAGACACAUUGAAGGUUUUUGUGUUUACUUUAAUUUCUGUUCUAGAUGCACCAACUAGCAUAUGCCUUUGUAUGAUAGCCAUUGUUUGGGUGUCACAACUGUUGCAGGUAAUCUUUUUGUUUAGUGAUUUUGAUAAGGCUCCAUUUUGAACAAUCACUUUAUUUGUUAGAACUAUUUUUCUUUCCCCUAUUUUACUAUGCAAAGUUGUAUUCAAGGGAAAAUGCAUCAAAAUGCAACUUAGU